CGUCAUAGGCAGGUCCCGCCCCCGGCUGUCGGCAACUGGUAAUCUGUGGCUCACAAGCGCCCGGAAGCUACCCCUACUCCAGGGGUCGUGAUGGGCAGCAAAAUGGCGUCCGCCAGCAGGGUCGUUCAGGUAGUCAAGCCACAUACUCCAUUAAUAAGGUUCCCUGAUAGAACUGACAAUCCUAAACCCAGUGUAUCAGAAGCUUUGAGAUCAGCAGGAAUACCUUCACACUCUCCUGCAAUGUCACAGCAUUCUAAGGGAAGUAAAUCACCAGAUUUGCUGACGCAUCAAGGUCCACCAGACACUGCAGAAAUAAUAAAAACAUUACCUCAGAAAUACAGAAGGAAACUUGUGUCUCAAGAAGAAAUCGAAUUUAUCCAACGUGGAGGUCCAGAAUAAUCACUGACAAUGUGGCUGCUGUUUGUCAUCAGACAAAAAAAUUAUCUUUACAAUAAAGGACUUCCAAAAUGAGAAA